AUGCUGAGUAGAAAACGGGAAUUAAGCGCACCUGAUUCGGAUGAAGCGAGAACCGCACCAAGACGUAAACGGCUAAGUCGGAAAGAAUGUGUCGAAGUGAUGUGUCGUAUUUGUGGUCUAGUAUCAAACGAACGGCGCUAUCCACCCGAAGAGUUAUGUGCGGUAGCAUUAGACGAGUAUCACGUCAAGCUGAAGAUGCCUUCAUCACUGAAGCCUACCUCAAGCAAUCCUUCAUCUUCUUGUCAACGGCCGAAUUCAGAUGAGUCAUCGGUCUACAAGCUGACCUAUGUAUUUGACGAGGAUGAUGGUCAACGAAGUGUUUUCGAUCGAUCAGCGCUUGAUCUCAUUCAAGAUUUGAUUCAUGGCAAAAACUCAUUGUUGUUCACAUACGGUAUCAGCGGGAGUGGAAAAACGUACACGAUGACUGGCAAUACAACGGAAGAGAGUAUGGGCAUAUUGCCUCGGGCAUUGGACUUACUGUUCAAUUCGUUAGUGAAUUUGGCUGAUAAGUGUGUUUUUUGUUCGAAUCGAAGGAACGGAUUCACUGUGUUGAAGGAACGAGAAGCCUCAUUGGCUCGUAGACUCUCAACUAUCCGACCGUCUGAUAGCGUGGAAUUCUUGAAUCGAUUCGUUGAAAGUAGACGGGUAAGUGGAGCGCAAAACGAAAUGAUCUAUGCGGUUUUUGUAUCGUACAUUGAAAUCUACAAUGAUGUGUGUUAUGAUUUGAAUAGUUUUUGUUUCAGGGUAUUGCCAUCCAAAGAGCUUCGAAUGGGACUAAAUAAUAGUGUAUUUGUUGACGGUGUUGUGGAGGUUGAAGUUCAGUCAAGUAGUGAAGCUUUAGAGCAAUAUUUCAGAGGUCAAGAAAAACGAAGUGUUGCGGAUACAUUGUUGAACAAGAGUAGCAGUCGAUCGCAUUCUGUAUUUAAUAUUCGUCUCGUCAUGGCACCAGCUGAACCGGGACAAUUCUAUCCAGUGGCAGAUUCAAAAAAGAUACAUACCAGUCAGCUAUCACUGGUUGAUUUAGCCGGUUCGGAGCGUACCAAACGAACGGGUAAUGUUGGUAAGCGGCUAGCAGAAACGUGCAAAAUCAACCAAAGUCUGCUUGUACUGAGGCAGUGCUUCGAGAAACUUCGAGCGAAUCAAAGUAGCACAAUUCCGCCAGGUCAAGUGCCAUAUCGUGAGUCAAAGUUAACGUAUCUCUUCAAAAAUUUCUUCGAAGGAUCCGGUAAAGUAAGAAUGAUCAUUUGUUUGAAUCCAAAACCCGACGACUACAAUGAGAAUUUGGGAGUGAUGAGUUUUGCGGAGCUUUCCAAAGAAGUUUUGCUGCCAGUCAAUGAACAGAAACUACCAACUGUGUCCAACAAGAGCGAUAAUAUUGACCGAAAUCAAUUCAUGCAUUGGAUGAGUGAAGUGGAAAGUGAUCACAGCACGAUAUCGCGAACAAGUUCUGAAUCAGUGCCUGAAAUGAAGCUAGAAUCGUCAGAUGAUAUGCGUGCCUUACAACGAUUGAAAAAUUAUUUCAUUGGGGUGGAACAAAAACGAAAGGAAAUCAUGAAACAAUUUGAUGAGAAAGAUCGAAGGUUCGACUUGAACCUGCGAAAAGCAUUGUAUAAAUUUGAUUGUGCAUCUGAUGAACUCGACAAAACAAAGCGUGAUUUAGAAGAAGCAAACAAACUGGUUAUAUCUUUAAACGCUCAGUUACGAAAAAUGCGUGAACAUCAAAACAUUCGAAUUGAUAUUAUCAGUGCUUGUAUCUUCCCGCAUCAUUCAACAUGUCGUGAUUUUUAUUUGCCGAAUGAUAAUGUGGAGCUGAAUCGCCAGUUAAGUCAACGAAAUAAGGAACUCACCGACGAGCGUGAAAGGCGCCGUUUCAUUGAAAUAGACUAUGCAAAACUUCUAAGCUCAAGAGAAAAUGCUCCUGUCAACCGGGCUUGCCGAACAGCAGACAGAUCAAAUGGUAGGCGUAACGUGAGUGGCUCUGCACAUAGGAUAGAUUCAUCUGGAGACAAGACACCGUUUUCUCGACGUCGUGCAACUCCAGCUUAUGAUGACUCGUCUUCCCUGUCUAGUAGUACCGAUGACAACAUUCCGAGAGUAUUGUCUGGUAGAACCUCGCGCAGCCCAAAACCCACGGAUCUGGAAACUCUCCAGAAAUCCUGGGGUUCUCCAGACAUGACCAAGAUUGCCACUUCGGGCAACAACAACGUGAAAGUGUUUCGUCGUCGUUCAAAGAGUGCACAUUUAAUGGGCACACUGAAUCGUCGUUCACGACCUGCACUUCCUCCACACCUGCAGCGUGCAGCGUUGCGUGCAAUGAAUUCUCAGCCAAAACCCCCUGUCACUAGCUACUAUGAUUGUAUUAAUCAAAUGCCACUUAUGCAUGAAAGUGCUUCUGAGAACAAUGACUUCUUGACUGAUUAA